GGGAUACGUGAGGAGGGAUACGUGAGGAGAGAUACGUGAGGAGAGAUACGUGAGGAGGAUUCCCGGGAUCGACCAGGCAGAGGCCAUGACGUGUGACCACUGCACAAAGGCGGAAUGCUCCAAGAGGAAAGGGGUGACCCCCGGAGCAGCGGGGGAGCAGGCGGGGAGCGCGGGGGAGCAGGCGGGGGAGCAGGCGGGGGAGCAGGGCGCAGAGGAGAAGGGACCGGGCCGGGGUGAGUGUGGUGGUGAGGAGCGGACGCAGGCUCUGCUGGUCAGCGACUGCCUGGCGUGCGGAGGGUGCCUGUCAGCGGGUGAGCGCGUGCUCAUGGCUCAGCAGAAUCCCAAGCAGCUGAUGGACGUGCUGCGCCCGCCAGAGGGCGGGCGCCGGGUGCGGGAGGUGGUGGCGUCGGUGUCACCCGAGUCGCUGGCGUGGCUGGCGGCACGGUACGGCAUGGACACGGCGGAGACGGCACGCAGACUCACGGGCUUCCUGCACGGCCUGGGUGUGCACCGUGUACUGGACGUGUCGGUGGCACGCGACGUGGCGCUCGCCGAAUGCCAGCGCGAGUUUGUGCAGCGAUUCCGUCAUGAGCCGGCACGACUUCCCCUUCUCACAUCCUCCUGCCCCGGCUGGGUGCGCUUUGUGGAGCGACUGCACGGGGAGGCGGUGACUCCCUACCUGAGCCGCGUUCGCUCGGCGCAGCAGGUGAUGGGAGCCCUGCUCAAGGAGAGGUUUGCUCAGCGGCAGGGAGUCGGACCCGAGGAGCUGUUCCACGUCACGGUGAUGCCGUGCUACGACAGGAAGCUGGAGGCCACUCGGCCAGAGUUCCGGCACGCGACUGUGGAGACACCACACGUGGACUGCGUCCUCACCACCGGUGAGCUGGUUUCCAUGCUGGAUGCAGAAGGGAAGUCACUGGCGGAGGUAGAGCCAGGUGCCCUGGAUACUCUGUUCGGGGAGGAGGGUGCAGAGGGCCCUGCACAGGAGCGGCUUUGGGGGCCUGGGCGGCCAGGGGGCCCUGAUGGCGCCGUGGGCUGCUACCUGGAGGCCGUGCUGAGGCACGCAGCGCACGAGCUCUUCGGGGUCGACGUGAGAGAGGUGACCUACAGCACGCUGCGCAACAAGGACAUGUGGGAGGCGCGCGUGGAACGGGACGGCGAGGUGUUGCUGCGCUUUGCCGGCGCGUGCGGCCUGCGCAACGUGCAGAACGUCGUGGCCAAGCUGCGCCGCGGCCGCCUACCGUACCACUUCGUGGAGAUCUCCGCAUGCCCCUCCGGCUGCCUGAAUGGACCGGGUCAGCCCAGCGAUCAGGCCGGCGGUCAAGCCGGCAGUCAGCCCGGUGGUCGGCCCGGCGGUCAAGCCGGCAGUCAGCCCAGCGGUCAAGCCGGCAGUCAGCCCAGCGGUCAAGCCGGCAGUCAGCCCAGCGGUCAAGCCGGCCGUGGCGACCUUGCCGCGGCACAGGAAGCGUACCGCGCCGCCACUCCUCGUGACCCCCCUGACCUCCGGGAGGUCGCCUCUGAUUGGCUGGGAGAGGCCGACUCGGGGAGAGCUCUGAGAGAGCUGGUCACCACCACUUUCCAGACGCGCGCGACGGGGGACAGGGAGCAGGGCCACCAGUGGUGACGGGGGUCGAGGUAGGGGAUGACGCACACUCGUGUAAAAAAGGCAGAGGUGCAACUCUGUAAUUUCUCGGUUGCACCACUGCUGUAGCGGGAGGGGCCCCCUCCCACCAGAGGGAGCUCUGCGCUGGCUCAGAUGUCUUGGAAUAAGUAGGAGUACUUGCGUAUCAACGCCCCCGCUGCCGAUCGACUAACUGUGGGUGUGCCCAUUCGUACUGCCGGGCUCUGACGAUGGUGGUGGUGUGGGGGGGGGGGCGGGGAUAUUCACAAAACAUGCGCCGUCGUUUCAACUGCCGAGCUUGGGGGAUCGAAACCGAUCCGACCUCUGAACCGGUGACCUCUGAAGUCAGGUGACCCCCCCCCUAAACCGCCACGCCACAGUGGCAGCUCGUACGACGUACGUGUUCGUUAAUAAAGCAUGCACUGAUUGGAGCUUGUGCCGGAGAGAUGUUUUGCACUAUUUAACUAUAAACUAUUUUAUUUUACCAGGUAAGGCCCGCUUAGCUGUAUAGCUUUUUGUUCAGAAACGACCUGGCUGUCACAAGUGAUGGCUCUCAACGAAGUGGCUUAUCACGGCACCGUCCUCAUUUAUAGCAGUAGCCAAAUCCUCUAAACGCGGGACAUCGAUUUUAAAUGUGGAGGGAAAAACGUGGAGAAAAAUCCACGCGACCACGGAGAGAGAGGCGCGCAAUGGGAGCGGUGCGACCCAUUUCAACGUGCGACCCUCGGCCUGGCGAGGCCACCGUGGGGAUCCCGGGCCGAGCACACUCGCCACUUUGCAAACUGGUGGUCGUGCGAACUUGGUAUCUUUUCGAUUUAAAGCUUUCGUGACUGCAGGGGUUCAUCUUCUUGGUUCUUUCGGUAAAGUC